AUGUAUUUAAUGAACAUGCCUAACCUGAGGGAAGCAUAUGUCGAUGUUGUAUCCUCAGAUAUCUUACAAUAUGAUGGGUUUGAUGAUGGUUAUGUUUUCAACCAGCUUAAACAUCUGAACCUAUGUGUGUGCAAAGAGGAGUCGUCGAAUCUCCUUGGCCAGUUACUCAAAGAUUCUCCUAACUUACGAAUAUUAGACAUCUCUGUUGUGAAAGAUCAUGGAACAGAUGAGCGUAAUGGUAUGGUUUCCUGGAAUCAACCGAAUUUUGUUCCUGAAUGCUUGUUGUCGAGUCUACAAACAUUAUUGUGGUCACGAUACUUUGGGAGACAACAAGAUAGAGAUAUUGCGGUUUAUAUCCUGAAAAACGCUUGUCACUUAAAGACAGCAACAAUCUUGGCUGAUACAGAUGAACAUGAUGUUCCAAACCUUCAGAUGAUCAAGGAGUUGGCACUUUCUCUACGAACUUCAGUCAUAUGCCAACUCGUAUUUGUUGAGUACUUGAACUGA